CUGAAACCAUUGUCUUUUAGCGAUUGAGGAACACAGGUCUAAUGUUUCCAAGCUUAAAGUGUCCACAUUGAUAGCUCAAAAUGAAGUGGUACUUGCAGCCGAGGAAAUUGAGCAGGAGUCUGCUCAUUAUUGGUGGGAUAUAUUUACUGGGAUGUCUAUGACAGCAAGACAAUAUUUUGUACCUCCGAUGUUUAUAUGUAAUCAUUGUAUUAAGUAUACUGACUGUUUUGAAUGUGUGUGUUUUUUGCUAUGUCCGAAAGGUAAAGCGGUCGCUAACUAAUGAAAUGUAUAAUUUGGCCUAUCAAUGAGAAUACAAUCGGUAGAUAUGUGAAUUGACUUCGCACCAGGGUAUUAAUUAAGGGAAUGAUGGUGACCCAAUGCGGGUCAAAGGGUGGAAUGUAUGGAGAAAAACACCUGUGACCUUUUUGUGACCCGCACUGGUCCCAUCAUUAUUAAAAACAUAUAUAUAACAAAGUAUAUAUAACAAAGUGCCUUUGGGCUAUGUGUAAAAGAACAGCUGUGUAGCUAUGUAAUCAUUAUGUAUAAAAGUACAACUAUGUACUAAAGUACAGUGAGUUCCUUCCUUUGAGAAUACAACAACUGCCUUCGACAAUAAAGAGCCUAACCAUGAUCGGACACGACAAUAAAGAGCCUAACCAUGAUUGGACAGGCAGGGUGUCUCCUGAGAUCAGGGGUUGGCCCCGCUGUUCUCAUGUGACAUAUGCCUAUAAAGAGCUUAAUCCCGCGCCACACUUUAGGGUCGGUCAGAGGAUUUCACGCGUAGUCGCUCGGCCGGAGCUCCUUAAUUACUCAAACCAGGAACGUUGUGUGGCCCUCCGUUCAUUGUCGACAGUUUUACGACGGUCUAAAGAGGACAUGGUUUGAGGCCAUUCUAUUAAUAAAUCAGAUAAAAAAAGGAAGAAGUCUGAUUAUUAAGGAGUCGUUCACUAGCUGUCUAGCUUGGGAAAAAGUAGACGCUUCGGAGUGAGGACAGCAUAGUAAAAGGACAUCAGUGCGGCGGGAUCAACUACGAGGCAACACACAACAAUGAGCCUACGGUCAGAAAAACACCUGGAUUCUACAGACGAAGAAGCAACGCCAAGGCAACAACAAAGACAAGUGGAAAACAGAAUAUGCAGACAAUACAGAGGAUAUGGAUAACGCGAGCAAUGCAGACUCACAGGACAACCUGCCACUCCAAUGCAACGUACAGCAGAGUUUGUUCAAAGUCAUCCAGACAGUUACUAUGAAAGAUUUUUAUCAAAAAUGGAUCCACUCGCCUGCCACAAAGCAGCACGUGAGCAAUGUGAAACGGCAAUGAACACAGAAAUAGAUGAGAGACGUUUUCAUAGUGAGAAAAAAACUGACAUCAAAGUGGAGCAACAAACACAGAGAGAAGAACGCAGUCCACCCAAACUGUACCCGUAUGACACUCUUCAAACCCCGGCAGAGACGCAGGGAAUACAGGACAUCACAUGUUACCUGAGACGGAGAGAAAUGUUAAGUACUGGACUUUUACAGUUUGAUGAUCACCCAGAGAACUACUGGGCAUGGAAGGCGUCAUUCCAAAAUGCCAUUAAGGACUUGAAAAUAACAGCCCAAGAAGAAAUAGAUUUAAUGAUAAAGUGGCUUGGAAAUGAGUCUCGCCAGCAAGCUAAAAGAAUCCGAUCAGUACAUGUCUUCAAUCCAACAGCUGCACUUCAUCUUUUGUGGCAACGACUGGAGGAAUGCUACGGGUCACCUGAAGUCAUGGAAAAUGCACUGCUAAAGAAGAUUGAGCAGCUCCCAAAACUCCACAACUGGGACAACACAAAGUCAAGAGAGCUAGGUGACAUUCUACAAGAAAUGGAAUGUGCCAAAGAUGGAGGAUACUUACCAGGCCUAUCGUAUUUGGACACGUCUCGAGGAGUCAACCCCAUCGUGGACAAGCUACCUUACGGGCUUCAGGACAAGUGGAUCGCUACAGGAGCGAAGUACAAAGAAAAACACAAAGUCGCCUUUCCACCAUUUAGUGUCUUUUCAAAAUUUGUCAGGCAACAAGCAAAAAUAAGAAACAACCCAAGCUUCGUGAUCACACCGAUCAGCACAAGCUUCAAAAAAGAAAAAAGCUUCAAAGGUGAUAACAGGCAAAUUGUAACUGUGCACAAAACAGACAUUCCAACUGACACCGGUACAGCUCAAAAAUGUUUUAGUAAGCCAGCAGAAAGUCCGGACAAGCUAUGUCCAAUACAUAAGAAACCUCAUCCGCUUACAAAGUGCAAAACUUUUUGAGCCAAACCCAUUGAUGAAGACAAGUCAUUUUUGAAAGACAAAAGAAUUUGUUUUAAAUGUUGCAGCUCAACUCAGCAUUUAGCGAAAAACUGUAAUAUGCAAAAUGGGUGCAUGGAAUGUGGCAGCGAAAGACAUUUGACAACGCUACAUCAAGGUCCAACUCCUGCUCCAGCAGAAAGUUCUGAAGUGGAGAAAGAUAAUGGCGGGGAGACACACGAAGACGUAAGUGUCUCAGUCGUUUCAAAAUGCACUGAAGUAUGUGGUGAUGCAGACAGCACACUUUCAUGCUCAAAAAUAAGCCCUGUAAUAGUCUACCCAAAGGGUGUGCGAGAUCAAGCAGUAAAGCUGCACUAGAAGCUAUAAUGCUGGGGGCAGUACAGCCGCUGAGUUCUAUCUCCUUUUCUUACUCUACCUACCACUUGUCUUACUUUAUUUCUAUUUUCCAAUGUUAAUAUCUAGUUGUCUAGUCUCUUCAUCACUAGUCACCCGGUGUCCCCUUUCCCCCCUCCCCUCUGGGGAGGGGCUAUUUUUCAGCUGCAGCCUCCUGACUGUCCGGACCCCUGGCUGGAUUGACGUCCUCGCUGCUACCCCCGUCUCAUCUGACCAGAGGGACCUCUUCUUGCUCCUUUACUCCACUGUAUUUUUACGGACUACAAUUUCGCUUGCUAAUUCCCAUUAGCCGUUCUGGGGUUCCUGUCUAUCCGUCCUGGGAGUGGAUCUCUCCUGACUGUGGUACUCCCCAAGGUUUCUCUUUUUUCUCCCAAUUGACUCUGGAGUUUUUGGAGUUUUUCCUUGCCGGCAUGGAGGGUCUUAAGGAUAGGGGAUACCCAGGACUUGAACUGUAUCUAUUCAUCUUUGUUGCUUCAUUUCUAAUUGUGUAUCAUAUUGCCUCUGUAAAGCCCUUUGAGACCUCUGUUGUGAUUGAGGGCUAUACAAAUUGAAUUGAAUUGAAUUGAAUUAAAGCUAUAUGCUGUA